GGAACGAGUGGGAAAAGAAAGGCAAGGAAGAAAGCCAGAAGACAGAAAGAAAGACUGAGUGGGGAGAAGAGAUAGCGACAGACAGAGACAGAGGAAGGAAGUGCAUUUGUGAGAGAGAGAGAGAGAGAGAGAGAGAGAGAGAGAGACUGAGAGAAACUCACAACUGGAAUAAAGUGUGUUCAGCGUGUCGAAUUUUAAAACUUUCAGGAGCCUCCGACAACACACCUCUUCCAUGCUUCCACAAACUUGAAAUUUCUUCAUUUUCUUCUUCUACUUUUGGAUUUCUUUGGAUAUUUUCAGAGGGGUCAACAGGAUGCUCACGUGUUAGAGGAGGUGACGGAGAACACAGCAAACAUGGACAGCCUGAACAGAAACCCACCGGAUCAUAGUCACCAGACUCAUCAGGUGCUACAGAGCACCCCACUGGACCUGAUUGAGACAGGAAACGGGCUGAAGGUCCAGGCAGAGCGCCCCCAUCUGGUCAGUCUCGGAAGUGGCCGUCUCAGCGUGGCCAUCACACUGCUGCCCCUGCCGGAGGGAAGGACCACACUGGGCCAUGGAGCUAUGGACAUAAACAUCCAGGGGCCUGGAGUUACUGCUCAGCACUGCUUCAUUGAGAACAAGGCUGGCGUGAUCACUCUGCACCCCUGUGGAAACCAGUGCAGCAUGGACGGAUUUCCAGUCACCAAGCCUGUGCGCCUGUCUCAAGGCUGUAUGCUGUGUUUUGGCCAGUCGUCCUUUUUCCGCUUCAAUCACCCCGAGGAGGCAUUCAGAAUGAAGAGCAUGAGGACAGAGGGACAGCACACAUCCAGCAUGAAGACAAGAGUCAACUCAGACUCUGAGAGCCUGGUCAAUGGGAACCAUCAGUCGGAAGCACCUGAGUCUCGCCCAGCCCCCAAAGAGAAAGUGCGACCUGAGCACAGUGCCAUUGUCAAUUCAAUUGAGAAGGACCUCCAGGACAUUAUGGACUCCUUAGUCAUGGAUGAUCCUCAGCCUUCCUCCUCCUCCGAGCCUAAGAAGGCUGCUGGCCCCCCUGCUGCACAGUCUCCUUUGUCCCCCUUGUUAAACGGAGGUGGUCGCUACCUCCUCUCUCCCCCUACGAGCCCUGGUGCUAUGUCUGUGGGCUCCAGCUAUGAAAAUACCUCUCCACCGUUCUCUCCUCUCUCUUCGCCCUCAGCCGCAAGCAGCGGCAGCUUCACGAGUCCCUCACCGAGCGGUUGUCCAGACCAGAUUUCCUCUCUGCCUCCAGUGCCGGUCAGGUCCUCCAGUUACAAUUACACCAGCCAGCCACCUGUACCUCAGCCUAGGACCAUGUUGCCCAACAACAGUAGUGGAAGCCAGAAGGUUCCAGAAAGCCCUCGGCUCCAAAGGAAGGCUCUUCUGGAAGCGCCUCCCAGCCCAAAGCCGAGCCGCAGGGGUCUUAGUCAGGAUAACUCGGUGGGCAAGGCUCCAAACAGCCCCAGAUUGCCCUCAGUUUUGCCUUCACUCUCCCUCUCAACCAUGCCCAAUGAUGUUCCAUCUGUUGGUAGGAUAGUGGUGCCAGGGAGCCCCAAACUUGGCCUCAAAUUCACCACCACGUCCCCCUGCUCUUCUCCAUCUAGUCCCAGGGUGAAGCUGACCACCAGCCUUCAAGAUCGCCCAUCCAGCCCGUUCUGCGAUCAGUUCCAACUAGACCGCUCCCCCACCUCCAGCCCAUCGCAGCAACUCUCCCCACCAUCACGAACCUUCCAGCCUCCUCUAGACCCCAUCAUCCAUAUCAUCCAGCCUCAGCCGCAGCCACGCAACCUGCAGCCUCCAGAAAGUCCUCGGCUGGUCCGAAGGAACUUAGAGGCUGGUUGUAGCAGCAGCAUGAGAGAACUGCCCCCUCUCAGCCCCUCGGUUGCUCGUCGAGGGGUACCUGUGCUGCCAGGGGCUCUCCCGGGAACCCUCCGGACACCGGACAGCCCAUCUGCCAAAUCGGUUCCAGACAGUCCCAGACUCCGACGCAAAGCUGCAUCACCCACAGAGGAGCUCUUCAGCCCCCGACUGGUCCGAGCCCGCAGCCCCUCGCCCACCUCCGGCCUGAUGGAGGGCGGCGGUGAGAGAAAAGGAAGCUUCGGGAACAUCUUAUCUCCAGCCUUUAGUCUGGGUUCUUUACCCGGUUCCUCGCCCAUGGCCAGCCCCAGGAGUCACAGGAAGAUGUCGGUAGGACACAGGGACUUCCGCCUGGCUCACCCAGGCAUGAGGGAGCGCAAGAACAGCAUCACGGAGAUCAGCGACAACGAGGACGAGCUGCUGGAGUACCACCGCCGCCAGCGAGAGGAGCGUCUUCGCGAGCAGGAGAUGGAGAGGCUGGAGCGCCAGCGGCUGGAGACCAUCCUGAACCUGUGUGCGGAGUACAAUAAGGGGGACGAGCCGGGCAUGGGUUUCUCUGGUUUGGUCUCGGGUGAGGCGCCGGGCGUCAGACGGCCCUCCGUGGACCUGGCCGCUGCCACCUCGCUGAGGAUGGCUCACAGACAGCGGGAGAGUGACGAGGACACUGUGAGAGAGGAGUGCAGCAGUACUGAGAGCACACACCAGGAGGUGAGGACCGCACACAGCCUGCAGAACGGAGACAAUGCACAGGUGGAGGAAUCGGGGGUCUUGGGCGGUGGGUCGGUGCUGGAGCUGGGUUAUCUGGAGGAGGAGCGGGUGCGAGUGCUGGCGAGGGUUGAUGAGCUGAAGGCCCGAGUCACAGAGCUCGAACAGCAGCUUCAAGAGUCCAAACAGGAGGCGGAGAUGGAGAGGGCUUUGCUUCAGGGGGAGAAGCAGGCAGAGCUGGAGCAGAUCGAGGCUGAGACUCAGAUCAUCGAGCAGCUGCAGCACAAACUCAACGAACUGGAGAGCGCCAUCCAGAGGGAGAAAGACAAGGAGAGGGCUAAUGUUGACACCCAGAGGGAAGCCCUGGAGAGGCUUCAGGAUGCCUACAAUGAGUUGAAGAGCCAGCUCCAUAACUGUCCUGAGUCCCUACGGGAGCAGUUACAGGAUCAACUCAAAAGGGAAGCAGAGACUCUGGAGGCAGAAACGAAGCAGUUUGAGGACCUGGAGUUCCAGCAGCUGGAGAAGGAAAGCAGUCUGGAGGAAGAGCGUGAGACCAUUUCCCAGCAGCUCCUGCAGGAGAGAGCCCAGUACCAGAACAGCGUGUCCAAAAGAAAGGAGAAAGUAGCAGCUCUGGAGAACCAGGCCGGUCAGCUGGGUCUGCAGGCGGCGCAGGAGUUCGAGAGACUGGCCAAGGACAGGAGUGUGACUUUACAGCUGCUUCAGAAGGAGAAGGAGCGUCUGACUGGUCUGGAGAAGAGAUAUCUCAGCUUAACUGGCGGAAGAACUUUCCCUAAGAGCUCCAGCACAAUAAAGGAGCAGUACUGCAGGAUGGAGGAUGUGUGUAGGAUGUAUUCCAGCAGUCCUCAGCUCAGCAGCUCCGCUCAGCACGGCCUCACUCUCUCACUCGCCCCGGCUGUAGCUGCUCCCCGCGAGGAGUACGUUACUGUGGGCCAAUUAAACCAGAUCUAUGGGAUGCCAAAGGUGGACUCCUCCCCCACCUCUCCUGCUCAAUCACGUCAGCCUCUUUUCACUCCGCCCACUUUUUCCUGCCUUCCUUCCCCUCAUGGCUCCUCCCUUUCUCUCUCUUUUGAGGUUCACCCAGAGUGGCUCAGGCCUCAAGUGGCCGGUCUAGAUUUAGAGCGCUGGUAUCAGGAGGCGAUGGAGGCUGGAGACUGCAGCCCACUCUGCCCCCCUCCUCUACCGCUCAAAGUUCACUCCCGCAGGCCUCUGCAGGUGUAUCGCUCCAGGCUGGACAGCGACGCCAGUCAGUCCUCACUGAGGCCAAAGGUCAGCGCUGGCCUGUCGCCCACGUACACGUCCGCUACUCUCGGCCGCAACACUUCUUCCAGGAGUCCAGUGAUGGUGGCGAAUAGCACAGGAAGUCUCCCUCGCAACCUCGCAGCCACUCUGCAGGACAUCGAGAUGAAGCGGCAGCUCGCCCUGCAGCAGAAAGACCGCUUGCCUUCAUCGUCUGAGUCCUCCUCCACCCCGGACAGCCCCACAGGGCAGCAGGUGAUCGAGGAGCAGCGGCGUCGGCUGGCCGAGCUGAAGCAGAAGGCUGCAGUGGAGGCUCAGUGCCAGUGGGAGGCGCUGCGAGGCUCUCAGACGCAGCUCAACAACCCUCAUCACCUAACGGUGCCGCCUCCGCUGGUCCACCACUCCAUCCUGCACCACACGGCCCCCUCUGCUGGAGAGCCGGCGUACGACACGCUCAGCCUGGAGAGCUCCGACAGCAUGGACACCAGCAUCUCCACCGGCAACAACUCGGCCUGCUCGCCCGACAACAUGUCCAGUGCUAGCGGGAUGGACGCGCUGAAGAUUGAAGAGAUGGAGAAGAUGCUGAAGGAAGCUCAGCUGGAGAAGGCCAGACUAAUCGAGUCCAGAGAGCGAGAGAGUCUGGCCCGUAAGCAGCUGCUGGAGGAGGAGAGGAGGAGGAGGGAGGAGGCAGAGAAGAGGCUGCAGGAGGAGACGGUUCACCGGCAGCAGCUGAUCGAGAAGGAGGUGAAGAUGAGGGCGAAGAACUUCUCUCAGGCUCGCCCCAUGACUCGCUACCUGCCCAUCCGUAAAGAGGAGUUUGACCUGCGCUCGCACGUGGAGUCCUCAGGCCACAACAUCGACACCUGCUACCAGGUCAUCCUCACCGAGAAGAUGUGCAAGGGCUAUCUGGUCAAGAUGGGCGGGAAGAUCAAGUCGUGGAAGAAGCGCUGGUUCGUCUUCGACCGCCUCAAGAGGACCUUCUCCUACUACGCCGACAAACACGAGACCAAGCUGAAAGGAGUCAUCUACUUCCAGGCCAUUGAGGAGGUCUACUACGAUCAUCUACGCAGUGCCACAAAGAAAGGAUUUUUCAACCUGAACUUGACAAAUAGCCCCAAUCCCUCGCUGACGUUCUGCGUGAAGACCCACGACAGACUGUACUACAUGGUGGCUCCGUCUCCGGAGGCCAUGAGGAUAUGGAUGGACGUGAUCGUUACAGGAGCAGAGGGCUACACGCAGUUCAUGAACUAAAGAAAUAAAGAACAGCACAGAGUGGAAAAAGGUCAAAACGGAAAGGGUUUCGGCAGGGAAACUUCUAAUGACUCCUCCUCCUCCUCCUCUUCCUCCUGUUUACUUGUUUGGGGAAAAGCCUUUUAUUUUGUAUUACGUUCAUGUUUGUUCGUUCGUUGUUUUUUUAUUAAGUUGUAAAUUCAGCACGACUGUACAGAUCCACAUUCUUCACAGAUUUUCUGUGUCUGCCUGGAUUUAAAAAGGGAUUCCUAGAAGACGAGCUCGAGAAGCAAACCUACGCACGGUCGAGAGAUCCGCUGUGAAAGCGCCUUGUUGUUUGCUGUAGUUUAGCGUAGCGUUCCUCUGCAGUUCUGUUCUUUAAGUAUGCAUAAUAUCACGUUUCUUAACUUUUUUUUUUUUUUUUAUGAUUUUUUUUCCCUCACAUUUCAGGUGGGAUAUUGCCAAAUGACGUCAAAGCCAUUCUGGAGAUUUUUCUUUUUUUCUUUUUUGUGAAAAAAGAAAAAUAUAUAAUACAGAUUCUGUGGCUUUGAAUUAGAGAGAGAGAGUAAGUUAAGUUAUAAAAAAUAUACAGGUAGUUCAUUUUAGAGAUCAGAGUAAGUGCAUAGAUUUCUCAGAUAUAUUGGUAUCGCAGUAUAAAUGUCCGCACAGUGCCACAGAACUAAAACCUUAUUCACCAAAGUCCGUCAUUUCCUCCCUGUUUAGAGCAUAUUCCCCCGGAAGUGAUGUAAUUGUGUAGUCCACAUCCUGCCCAUAGUAGGAACUCUGAGUUAAGGAACUGUUAAAUCAUCAUUAAACUAAAAAAUACAUAUAAAACAUAAAACUACCACAUAUUUCUUUGUAUUCUUGGCAUAGAUGUUGAGCAAUACAUCCACUAAGACGGCAGAUCAAGACAGAGUCAGAGUCAAACAUUUCUGACAACCACAAACAUGAAGUUAUUAAUGAUAACAUGACAUAUUAAAAAAAAGAGGAAAGAAAUCGUUAAAAAGCUCAGUUUCAUAUAUAUUCUAUUCAGUAUUAAACUACUUACACUGCUGAAACAUGUAAGCUUACAUAGCUGAGCAUUAAACUGACAACUCAAUCACAACUUUUACAAGAUGAGGAGGUCAGGUUACAAGAUAAAAGGAGGUCAAAGGGGAAUAAUAGGAUAGAGGAGUGAAGGAGGGGAAGAAGGAAAUGAGGUUAGAAGUAGUUAGUGUGUUAGAGGUGUUAAGAGAGUAAGUGCUCUUUGAAGAGCUCUGUCUUCAGGAGUUUCUUAAAUAUAGCGAGAGAUUCACCUUCCACUACCAGAUCAGGAGAAUCUCUCGCUAUAUUUAAGAAACUAUAGACUUCAGUUGUCUACAAAUUGAAUAGCUGAUCAUAUACUAGUGUUAAAAAUACAGUAUUAGACUUUUUGAUAGCAUGUGGGUUCAACAGCCUUGUGAUUAGGUCCAUUCAUUUAAAUAUAACAGCUUCAAAAUUGCUUUUGAAAUACAGAACCUGAGCAAAGUCCUUGUAGGCCUUUGUAAAGCCAUCGUUAAAUAAACAUUAUUUUAGAUAGCUAAUAAAAUCUGAUAAUCUCAUAUGUAGUUUGUAACAUUUGGCUCAAUAAUGCACCAAAAAAAACGUAGCUUGUACUGGUAACUGCGCCUGCGCAGAUCUCCAUGACUAGGGGAGCUCCUUCAAUCUCAGCACAACUAGCAAGCUGAUUGGCUCUUUUUAUUGAAGGGCGGGGCUUCAUCCAUACAAAGACGCUAUGUUGAGCAUUAUAAGAAAUCCUAUUCAUAUUCUUUUAACCAACAUCCGGUCUCUUCAUUAAUAACGUCUCUGCUUAGAGUUCCUACAAUGGGCAUGACCCCCACUACACAGUCACAGCAUGACUUCAGAGGUUUAUCACUGUAAUAAUAAUAAUAAUAAUAUUAAUAUAAAUAAUAGCUCCUGUUUGCUUGCAUCACUCUGUGUAAGUCAGCGGUACGGAACCACAUGUGCGCACAUACACACACACACACACACACUCUCUUAAAGUUAAAUAUCUAAAUACGUGUAAAUCUGCCAAGUCCUGACAACAUCUUUUGACCGGACCCCUUAAGGAAGCAGCCAUCUACUCUUCACUGCCACCUGAAGGCAUGGAGGACGACCUGCAUCAAACUACUGGACAGAAAAACAAGGAAAAGAAAGAAAAAUCUAUCUACUGGACGUUAAUAUAACAAUGCAAAUCAUUCAGUGCCUUGAUAUUACUAUAUUUUCCCCCACGCUUCAUCAUGCAGAGCACGGAAGUCCGUGGCUAGCAGGACAACAGCACACCAGGGACACAAUCGCAGUUUUUCUUUUUUAUGUUAUUUUUAUUUACAAAAAAAAAAAAAAGAGAGAGAUGUAUUGUGAAAAAUCUUAACGGACAUUUGCACAUGGCAUGUAUUCGGAUUGAUGGAGAAAGAAAGAAAAAAAAAGCGACGAUUGAUCACAAAACGUGAUGUCAGCUUUAAUAGAGAUUCCUAAAUAAAAAAAAUAAAAAGUCAGUGUAUUAGUAGCUUGUAAAGUCGUUAAAUGUGGAACGUCUUUGUAAUCUGCCUUGACUCUUGUUAGUUUAUGGGGAAAGACUUCGACUGAACUAUGCUGUGAUUAUUACAGAUGUGAGAACACAGAGAAUCUUUCAUGCCUUAGUGUUUACUGGGGGAAAUAAAAAAAAUAAAGGUUUUAUUUAAAAUGAGUUUUGUUUAACAGCUCUGAAACUGUUAGAAUAAAACCAAUGUGCUCUUCUUUUCUUUCCUGAAAUUCAACUGUGUGUAUAUUUCACGUUGUUGAAAAUGGCCAAAAACUCACCGUUACUGUUGAUUCUGAUUACUUUUUCAGUGUUUUUUCUUUUUUUUAUUUCAUUAUUCUAAACAUGAGAUGAGUAUUUAUACAGAUGUGGGUAAAGAAUAUGAAUACAUUCACUGCUAAGUUACUUUAUUUCAUGUGUUUUGUACACAUAGAGAUGUGUGUAAAAGUAUAGGCACCCAGAGCAGCGCUGAAUAGUAGAGUAGUGCACCACAACUGUGUGUCUGCUGAAAAUCAGCCCUUGCUCUACUCUAAUACAGGGGUAUGCUUUGCCUUUCUUGCCAGCAUAGGAGCAGUUAUGAGUUUAAUUGGUCUUGCAGAUUUUGCUUUGACUCAUUAAAUUCUUAAUAAAAGUUCUCACAGUGCAAAUUAUGACCUGGAAUCAAUCUGAUAUCAUUUCAUUGCCUUAAAUUGUAUUGAGUUUAUGGUUUGAAGGGUCAAAAAUAAUUCAAUUCUUGAGCUAUCUAAUACAUGAUUUGGGUAUUGGGUAAGGUUAAGUGGUGAGGCUUAGAAGGGUUAAAAAAAAAAGUUAAAAAAAAAAAAAAAACAUUUACAGCUCUGGAAAAAAUAAGAGACCACUUCAGUUUCUGAAUCAGUUUCUCUGAUUUUGCUAUUUAUAGGUUUAUGUUUGAGUAAAAUAAACAUUGUUGUUUUAUCCUAUAAACUACAGACAACAUUUCUCCCAAAUUCCAAAUAAAAAUAUUGUCAUUUAGAGCAUUUUUUGCAGAAAAUGAGAAAUGGCUGAAAUAACAAAAAGGAUGCAGAGCUUUCAGACCUCAAAUAAUGCAAAGAAAACAAGUUCAUAUUCAUAAAGUUUAAAGUUCAGAAAUCAAUAUUUGGUGCAAUAACCCUGUUUUCAUGCAUCUUGGCAUCAUGUUCUCCUCCACCAGUCUUACACACUGCUUUUGGAUAACUUUAUGCUUUACACUCCUGGUGCAAAAAUUCAAGCAGUGAUCAAACAUCUUCCUCUUGAUUAUUUUCAAUUUGGUAAAAUAAAUAAAAACAAUAAUUUUUAAGUGGUCCCUUCUUUUCCAGAGCUGUAAAUAUGAAUAAAUGCACAUUAGGUAUUCAAUUUUUUUAUUGUAAAAAAAGUUUAAAGUUUAAAGAAGUAAACUAAAUAUCUAAUAAAGCUACGGUUGCCCAAACUUUUGCACACAACUGUACAGAACUGGACUGAAUCUCACUCGGUUGUACAGAAACACACAUUCUCUUUUCAGUACUUCUGUUUUCUCACUCUCACACACUCGCUGACACACUACAUUGGUAUGAUGGUACUAUUCAUGUGGCACUUUGGAUGGAGUUUUUUCAGGUUUAUUAAAAAGAACAGAAAGCUUG